AUGUGCAAGCCUGGGGUAGUGCUGUUACUGAUCAGUUACGCCAGCGUAGUAGCUGUUCACGGCCUUGGUGGACAUAGAAUCUACUCGUGGACAGAUGGGCCUAACGAUUCCUGGUUGACAGAAUUCGCAAACACUCACCACCAACCGGCGGCAGUGUAUACUUAUGGAUAUCCGUCAGGAGCGUCCCAUACCACAGUUGCUCAGGAUCUCAUCCGCGAACUUGAUAUUGUGAGGCUCUUAUCCUGCUCGCAACAUAUCGCGAAGAAUCACACAGCAAUUCUCGCCAACACAAGGGCUGUGUUCUUCUUUGGCGUACAACAUCGUGGUAUGCCUGUAGCCACUCUUGAGUGGGCGCGUUUUAUGUUACGUUUGGUCGGCGUUUUCGGUGGGACCUCCCUUUCUAAAGGGCGUGAUGCUGCGAUAUACCCAUCUAGGAACGAGCUUACGAGGAUGGUCGAAGCCUUCCCCAGGAUUAGCAGUGGGUUCGAAAUAUUCACGCUGAUACACACUCUCAAGUCUGGAGUAUUUGACUUGGUAGUUGGAGACCUACCGGACAACUUGCUCGGUCCGCCGAACGAACGUGUGAUCUAUAUUAAUGCCACUUAUGCUAAUACGUGCAAACAUUCCCGUGGCCAUAAGGAUUCUGAUGUGGGGAAAAUAAUUGAGGCAGCCCGCAGAACAAUUUCGGACCUCGACCAGGAUUCCCAAACUCCGCAUUGGUCGUCUGAUCAGCUCCGGAGGUUUGAUCAAGAGGAAAGUGUGCCCGGGCAACAAUGGUUUAGAGAUCUUGAACUUGGCACUCAGCGAGUCAUUCAAGACCGGCGUAAGAAAAACUUCAGGAGAAGUCGUAUUGCAAUUAUCGACAGUGGCAUCGACAAGCGCCAUUCAGCCUUUAGUAGCGCUGUUCAGGAAAGCCGCAUUGUUUCCAUGUCCUUCGUUCAUGGUCUACCUGGAGAUCAAGAUAAUUGCGGCCAUGGAACACAUGCAGCCCACUCGAUCCUGAAAACUUGCCCACAAUGCACUUUAUUCAUUGCUCGAGUGUAUGACCAGGGGACGGCUGAAGAAUUUGAAUCCAAUGCGAAUGCAAUAGCUCAAGCUAUACGAUGGGCAAUAGAAGAGAACGUUGAUAUCAUCUCAAUGUCUUUUGGCUAUCAAGUCGAAAAUCGUGUGAUCAAGAAAGCCAUCAGAGACGCUUUCCAUCACGGCAUUAUUUUAUUCGCCGCUGCAUCAAACUCUGGUGUCAACCCUAGAUUUCCAGUUGCCUUCCCUGCAAAUCUCAGGCAGGUCAUUUGCAUUCAUUCCACGGACGGCGAUGGUUAUCCUUCGCCUCGCAAUCCUCCUGCGACACCUGAUUGCUCUUUGGCAGUACUUGGUGAAGGUGUUGCUGCAGCCUGGCCUUCUCAACUCUUCACAGAUGGCAAUGACUUACAACGGGUUGCUAGUGGGUCUUCUGUUGCGACUGCUAUCGCCGCAGGACUUGCUGCUUUGGUCCUCGAGUAUGCAGCGCAGAAUGAUGCAAAGCUUGCGAAAGUACAAGAAUGGGAGAGACUCAGGCAUUGCGAUGAGAUGAGAAAAGUCUUCAUGAACAUGGCAAGGGAGCAGGACAAGUACCAAUCUGUUGCCCCUUCUAGCUUGUUUGACUAUCAUGGAGAGCGGAUGUAUGAGAGAAUCAGUGGGAGAAUCUCAGAUGUCUUGGACUCGCUGUGAAUUUCUACCAUAAGCGAAUGUAG